CUUCAUGCGAUUGAAGUGCCAGAAUCAAGCGGUCUCAUGUCAGGACAUACAAGUCUAAAGAUAUGGAACCACAAGGCUCCCAACGGCAAACCCGAGCUGGAGUCCGAGCCGCCUGCCGUACAUGCAAGAGAUGCCGCCAAAGAAAGGUAAAAUGCGAUGGUCAGCAUCCAAAGUGCGGCGCAUGUCGUCUGAAGAAUCAAGACUGCGAAUAUCCAUCGGAUGGGAGAAGAACAGUUUUGCGGGCUAAGAAGGAAGACAUAAGAUCGCUUCAAGGGCAGAUUGAAGAGUUAAAGGGCCGAAUUCACGAGCAGAUCAGCACAGACGACGCUUUGAUCACGGAUGGUACCCAUCUCCAGGAGACUUCAGAUCACUUUGAUCCCGGGUGUAGGUGUCCUAGGGGCUACAGACCGGCGCCGUCCCCAUUGAGCCCUACAACGACCGAUAAAGGACUACAGGAACGACUCACUCGUCGAGACAGUGAGAAGAGGACAUGCGCUACUCAAGACUCUUUGGAGAGCCAUCAAAUACAGGCCUAUGGUGCUACAAGUCUGCUACAUGGUCAUGUGGAACCGCCUUUGGCCGAAAGCCAGUUAACAGAAAAGAAAGAAGACCCAUUCGUGAGAAGAAUUACACGGGAUCGACUCAUUGCCUUCUCCGCAGUCGUUAGACAGAAGGAGAGCAUGAUUUACUCGACACCUAGUGUUGCAGCGAACAUCGACUUUGACGGUGUUCCCAUGGACAUGGCAAUGCAUCUGCUGGACUUGCAUUGGAAUCGGCUACAUUUGAUGUAUCUUCUUACAUACCGCCCGGCUAUAAUGGACAGCCUCUUGAACAAUGGGCCUUAUGUGAAUAAGCUGCUUCUAAACGCUAUAUAUUUACAGAGCAGUCUAUACAGUGAUCGAACAUCUCUACGCUCAGGCCCUGAAAUCUCGCAAACAAGCGGUAUAACAUUCUACCACCGAUUCAAGGCCCUACUCACCCACUAUAUUGAUACGCCCAGUCUGCCCACCGCUGUCGCGCUACUCACAUGUGGUGCUUGUCUGAUACAAUACGGCAAACAGAGCGCUAGUUGGCUAUACUGUGGUAUGGCGUAUAGGAUGAUCAUUGACCUCGGAUAUCAUUUGGAUGAUCCCAAGUCCCCUCAUAGUGGUGAAGAACUGACCCUCUCAGCCUUGGAUAAGGAGUUCAGGAGGAGAGUCUAUUGGGGAGCAUACGCGACUGACAAAUCCCAAUCCCUUUACCUGGGCCGUCCUCCAGCACUGCACCAAUCUGAUAGCAACGUAUCCCUUGAGUUCCUCGACUCAUAUGAAGAGUUGGAAGAAUGGAAACCGUACAUCGAUCCCCAAUCUCAACUUUAUGACACGAGUGUCCCAAUCUACCGAGGCCGUCCGUCAUACGCUGUUAGCACAUUCCAGUGCUUGCUGCAGCUCUCGCUUAUUACGGAAACAAUUAUAAACGCGCUUUACUCGACUAGGAGCGCCCAGUCAUCGGAGCAUGUCCUCUUAGAAAGUAGGAAAAGCGUCAAAGCACAACUGGAACAUUGGAGAGAGAGCAUUCCAGUACACCUCCUGUUUGACCCGAACACAGAUGAGACCCCUCCACCUCACCAGAUGACACUACACACAACAUACUGGACCUUAGUCAUCCUGACUGAGCAACCGUUUCUCUCUCGGGGACGCUUCAAGUCCACUCUAUGUCCGGAAUCCCAAAACGAAACAAGGAGGGUGUGUAUUGAAGCUUCAUUCAAGAUUCAAGCCCUCAUUGAAGCGUAUAAAAAGGCAUUUACGCUUAGACGCGCCCAGUACGGCAUUUCAUAUGCGAUGUACAGUGCCGUCCUUAUUCUGCUCCAGCACGCAGAUCAAGACUGUGACGAAUAUAUUGAAGGUAUACGGUUCUUCUGGUUUGCAUUACUGGAAUACCAAAAGGGAUGCGGCCAUGGAUUGAAAGGCCCGCUGAGGUUGCUCAAAUCACUCAUGCGUCGGGUUGAAAAGGUGGCGCAGCGCAUUGAUAUCGAUCACCCAGGUACUACUGGCUUGCCGGCUUCUAGUGAUAUCCCGUCUGGGAUCGAGACCGUUCCUUGGACUGGGACUUUCGGGCAAGGGGAGUCUUGGAGCGGAUCCUGGCUCAACACAGAGACUGACGAUUUGCUCUUUGCCGAUGACACUAUAUUUGGUUUCUUCACACAAGAAAAAUGAACAUGCUCCCUCGUAUGUCGAGCUUACUGAAGACGCCAGUUCCAGGGAUACAUAUGGGCGCACACCACUAUCAUGGGCAGCACAAAACGGGCACAACGCAACCAUCAAAACUCUGCUGGAAAACGGGGCAGAUCCUGACUCUCAUGGCGAUGAUGGCCGGACCCCGCUGUCAUGGGCCGCAAGCAAAAGGCAGGAAGAUCUAGCUCGUCUUCUUUUUCAUGGGGCUGAUCCAGACUCCAGAGACACAAAGUAGGCCAAACAGCACUAUCAUGGG